AUGUCGCUGUCAUCUUUACUGUCUCUAUCUACACUGUUAAAGUGUCUUGUUGUAUUCUUUAUCACGUUCAUCCUGCUUCGGAAACAUUUCUCAAAACGUGCAAAGCUUCCUCCGGGACCUGCUGGCCUGCCAUUAAUCGGCAGUGUGUUAAUGCUGAGAAAUGAGACUCCAUCGGAGCUAUACAACAGGCUGUACAGACAAUAUGGCGACAUAUUUAGUAUACGGAUGGGGUCAAAGUUAUUCGUAGUCAUUAAUGGAUUCAAAUCUCUGCAUGAAGUAUUUGUAAAGCGUUCUGAUGUCUUCACUGACCGUCCUAAUAUGUAUCUUUUUUCCGUUCUCAACAAAGAAAAUGGUGUCGUGGCAAGCUCUGGGGAAAUGUGGAGACGUACUAGAACAUUUACAUUAACUACUUUAAAAAAGUUCGGAUUUGGAAAGUCGUCUUUUGAGAAUGCGAUUAAGGACGAAAUUGAUGUAUUUCUCGAUGUCCUUCAAAGUAAAUGUGGAAAACCAUUUGACUUGAAGUCCAGUUUGAUGAAAAGUGUAGCCAAUGUAAUCUGUAGCAUAACUCUUGGCAGCAGGUUCGAUCAUGACGACCAAAGGUUACACGAACUUGUUAAGAGUACUAUGACCACAGCAGAAAUAAAUGCAUCCGUUGGAAUAAUCAGCGUUUUCCCAAUCAUGCGAUAUGUGCCAGGCGACUUACUACACAUAAACAUUUUUAAAAACAACUUGUUUUCUAUUUGGGAACUCUUUCAAGAAUGUAUUGAUAAACAAAAACUGACUUUAACAGAGGGCGUGACCCGUAAUUUCAUCGAUGCCUUUGUUCACGAACAACGUCGGGCAGGCGAAUCAGACACUGUUUUUACAGACGACAACUUAUUGCUUUGUCUGUCAGAUCUCUUCUUGGCUGGAACAGAAACUUCAUCUACAGUUUUAACAUGGGCGUCCAUCUUCUUGAUUCGCCAUCCCGAAGUGCAAGGAAAGAUGAGGUCAGAGAUAUCCCGAGUGACUGGUGAUGCCCGCGCACCAUGUCUCAGCGAUAGACCAAACAUGCCCUAUUCUGAGGCGGUCAUCACUGAGGCACUUCGGUGUGGGAAUGUGCUUCCCUUGUCCUUGCCACACACCGUUUCAAAAGAUACCGUUGUUGAUGGAUACACCAUUCCGAAGGGAGUGUUUGUUAUCCCAAAUGUUGGAUCUGUUUUGAAUGACCCUCGUGAAUUCGAAAACCCAGAAAUGUUUGACCCUGAGCGGUUCAUCGACACUGAUGGGAAUCUCAGAGGACACGAGAAAGUCGCAUUGACCUUUUCGUUAGGUAAACGUGUGUGUAUGGGAGAACCAAUGGCAAGAAUACAACUCUUCUUGAUUUUGACGUCAUUGGUUCAAAGAUUUGAACUACUUCCGGAGCACGAAGAUUGUCUACCUUCCCUUGAUAGAAUUGAGGAAUGCCUAGAGCGACGUGUUGACUCCGCCGCCGCCGACGUCAUUAGCGGAAAACGACACCAUAUAAUAGUCUCGCUUUUCGUGACUUCGUCCCAGCGAUUAACACUUGUUAUGAAUAGUAACACCCCGGCUAGCUCAAUCGGUAGAAACAUAAAACAAGAAGAGGGUACUGAUAGGGAAGAGAAUGAUGACGUCAUCACGGGAGAUGGGGAAGAGGUCGAGGGCGAUAAUGAGGAUGAGGAAAGAGGACAUGUACUGUGUAGAGGGUACAUGUAUCAGGGAUCGGAGGACGAAAUGACGGCAAGUGAUCUUUUUGGACGAUCGGACAUGGAUGAAAGAACAUUUUAG